AUGUGGAUUUUUCGUCAUAAAAAGAAAUCUGAUGGUUCUUUUGAGCGGCAUAAAGCCCGUCUUGUAGGUGAUGGAAAAACACAGCAGUUGGGUGUUGAUUGUGAUGAGACUUUCAGUCCGGUUGUCAAAUCGGCCAUUAUUCGUACUGUUCUUAGCAUUGCUAUCUCUAAAUCUUGGCUUAUUCACCAGUGGGAUGUCAAGAAUGCUUUCUUACAUGGUUAUCUCAAUAAGACAAUUUAUAUGCAUCAACCCAUGGGGUUCCGCUAUAAAAGUCGCCUUGAUCAUUACCUACUAGUGCAACAAGCUAAGUGUGAAAAAAGAAAAAAACUAAGAUCAUUUUUGGUUAGGAUUAGGAAAACGGAGAAGGUUAAUGAAAUUAGGAACGGUCAGAGAGCUGAGGGUGCGGCUAGCAUCCUAGCAAUUGGGAGGGCUAACCCACCUAAUUUUGUACUUCAAUCCGAGUAUCCUGAUUACUACUUUCGUGUCACAAAUAGUGAACGUGAACAUAUGGUUCAUAUUAAAGAUAAGUUCAAACGCAUAUGUGAAAAGUCCAUGAUAAGGAAACGUCACAUUUUCUUGACUGAGGAGAUUUUGAAGGAGAAUCCAAGCAUGUUAACUUAUGGAGAAGUAUCACACGAUGCUCGUCGUGAAAUGACUAUCGACUACCUUCCGAAGCUCGGUAAGGAAGCUGCGCUUAAGGCCAUCAAAGAAUGGGGGCAACCUAAGUCCAAGAUCACCCACCUUAUCGUGUACAACACGUUGGCUCUAUCCAUGCCCGGAGCUGACUAUGAGCUAGCUAAGGCCCUCGAACUAGACCCCUCGGUACAUAGGACUGUCAUGUACCUUGUAGGUUGUCAUGCAGGGCCCCAUAUCCUCCGCCAUGCCAAAGACAUAGCGGAGAAUAAUAAAGGGGCCCGUAUACUGAUAGUGUGUGCUGAGAUCACAGCUGUUAAUUUUCAUGGCCCUUCUGAAACCCAAAUUGACUCUUUAAUAGGGCAAGCACUUUUUGGUGAUGGUGCGGCUGCCAUCAUUGUAGGAGCCGAGCUAGAUUACUCUAUCGAAAGGCCGUGUUUCCAACUCAUUUCGGGCACACAAAGGACUAUACCUAACACAAAUGGUGCGGCCUACUCCGAGAUCAUUAACAUGGGACAAACGUUCCACCUACGUAAGGACCUCCCUUGUUUGAUCUCGGACUACAUUGAGGAAAGUCUUGUCAAUAUUUUUAAGCCUAUUGGUAUCAAUGAUUGGAACUCGAUUUUUUGGAUCGCGCACAAUGGUGGUCCAGCCGUGCUUAAUAGCAUUGAGUCCGAGCUUAAACUCGAUAAAGAAAAGCUCAAAGUCACAAGACAUGUACUAAGUGAGUAUGGUAACAUGUCUAGUGUUGGUGUGCUAUUUAUGAUGGAUGAAAUGAGAAAGAAGUCACUCCAAGAUGGAAAAUCGACAACCGGGUUAGGGUGUGAAUGGGGUGUUAUGUUCGGGUUUGGUCCCGGACUCACCAUUGAAGCCCUUGCUCUAAGGAGUGUUCCCUUGCUCGAUUAAGUAUACUAUAGCUCAAUCAACAAUAAUGUUAACCUUUGCUAAGUGAUUUCAAGUGUUUUUAUUAUGUUUGGGAUUUUGUAUUCGAUAAUAAUACUUCUCUGUGUUUUUUAGUCUUCCA